AUGGUGUUAGAUUUGAAUGUGCCGGCUGGAAUAGAUGAAUUGGAAUAUUACAAUAAUAUUGUGAAUGAUGAUGCAAUAGACUGGGGCAUGAAUAAUGUACGUGCUGAGGAAUUUUCAGCAUAUGGGUUUGAAACGGAAGAAAAUGUGAAUGUAGAAGAUGUAGAUGUGAAUGAAGAGGUUGUGAAUGAAGAGGUUGUGAAUGAAGAAGAAGAGAAUGUUGAAGAUGUGGAAUCUGAGUUUCUCGACGAUGGUGAAGAUGUGGCGAAUGAAGAUGUUAAUUCAACAUCUAGAGAGUUAGAGGACAAAUUAUCACCUGGGUGUUUAGUUGAUGGAGCCGAUGAGGCUUUUUUGUUAUAUUGUGCCUAUGCCAAAAUGACCGGAUUCAGUGUAAGGAGAGGGAACGAAGAAAAAUUUAAGCGGACAAAAUUAUUGCGUAUGAAGACAUUUGUAUGUAGUUGUCGCGGUUCGACACCUAGUAGUCACAUUGAUGGUCGUUUACCUGUAUAUAAGAAGCAAACAACUCGGUCCAACUGUCAAGCCCUUUUGAGGGUUGCUCGUGUUGAGGGAGGGCCGUGGAAGGUAACGACAUUCACUAAAGAGCACAACCACGAGUUAGUUGCCAAGGAUCAAGCCUAUUUGCUUCGUUCUAGUCGUCACCUUUCGCAUGGUAACAAGUCUAUGUUGGAGGCUUUGACUUCAACCGGCAUACCUAUAAGCCGGGCUUGUCGUUUCAUGGAGAAUGAAUCUGGUGGGCUUGAAAACGCCGGAUUUAUUCGUAAAGAUGCUUACCAUCAUAUGGACAAUGUUAGAAGAAAGUCUAAGAUGACGGAUGGAGAUUCCAUGGCUCUCAUGCAGUACUUUGUUGACAAGUCGAACAAAGAGCUUUAUUUCUACUGGAAUAUGCAAAAGGAUGAUGAUGGCCGACUUAUGAAUUUCUUCUACCGUGAUUCUCGUAGUGGGCUUGAUUACGAGUAUGGAUCAUCACUUUCUUCUAACAUUGUCCAUAUGAUGGUGUCGAACCGCGACAACUACAUACAAACGGAUGGAGAUUCCAUGGCUCUCAUGCAGUACUUUGUUGACAAGUCGAACAAAGAGCUUUAUUUCUACUGGAAUAUGCAAAAGGAUGAUGAUGGCCGACUUAUGAAUUUCUUCUACCGUGAUUCUCGUAGUGGGCUUGAUUACGAGUAUUUUGGUGAUGUGCUAUCUAUUGACACAACCUACAAGACCAACAAAUAUGAUCUUAUUUGUGCUCCUUUUAUAGGUAUGGAUCAUCACUUUUGA